UUUGAAGGUGACUUUCGUAAUUUUCGCGAUUUUCUCGUCAUUUUUGCGUUUAUCACGUCGAUAAACCGGGCCAGAAAUCGUCAAAUCACGCAGAAAAACGUUCGUACCUGUUCGGAAUUUAAAUGAAUUUCGUGUAAAGUCUUAAGAAUUUGUUAAAAAGUCGUAAAAAGGCUGCGAGAAAAAUUCUCUCCGCACCACAACCACCACCAUGAGAAGUCGAAGCAAUUCUGGUGUCCGUCUGGACUACUAUCAGCGUGUCGUGCAACGUCUGAUAAUGAACCAUCAGCAGCCAGUUACGGGAUUGUUUCCCGCCUCGCCCGACAACCAUCAUGCCUGGAUUAGAGACAACGUAUACUGCAUCUUGGCUGUAUGGGGAUUGUCGAUGGCAUACAAGAAGAUUGCCGAUCAAGAUGAGGAUCGGGCAAAGGCCUACGAGCUCGAACAGAGUUGUGUGAAGCUCAUGCGAGGUCUUUUGAUGUCCAUGAUGCAACAAAAGGAGAAAGUUGAGCGUUUCAAGAGUACGCAACACGUCCAUGACUCGCUCCAUGCCAAGUACUCGAGCAAAAAUGGACAAACUGUCGUACGUGACGACGAAUGGGGUCACUUGCAAAUCGACGCCAUCAGUUUGUAUUUGCUCAUUUUAGCCCAAAUGACCGCUUCGGGCUUGCAAAUCGUCUUUUCCUUGGACGAAGUUGCGUUCAUUCAAAAUCUCAUCUUUUACAUUGAAUCAGCUUACUGCAUCCCGGACUACGGGAUUUGGGAACGUGGCGACAAAACGAAUCACGGUCAACCAGAACUUAAUGCCUCGUCAAUUGGCAUGGCGAAAGCUGCUCUGGAAGCGAUGAAUGAGCUCGAUUUGUUUGGUGCUCGUGGAGGUCCUGCAAGUGUCAUUCACGUGUUGGCGGAUGAGGCGCACAAGUGUCAAGCUGUUUUGCAGAGUAUGUUGCCGCGUGAAUCGAAUAGCAAGGAAUUAGAUUCCGGGUUGUUGUCGAUUAUUGGGUUUCCGGCAUUUGCUGUGGAUGAUCAACAAUUGAUCGAUGUGACACGCGAAGCGGUUGUCACGAAACUCGAAGGACGUUAUGGCUGUAAGAGAUUUUUGCGUGACGGGUAUAAGACGCCACGUGAGGACAUGUCUCGUUUGUACUACGAACGAUGGGAAUUGCGGAUGUUCGAGAAUAUCGAGUGUGAGUGGCCGCUCUUCUUUUGCUACAUGAUCCUGUAUUACACAUUUAAAGGUGACAAGGAUAACAUGAAAAAGUAUUUCAAUAAAUUAGAGGAUGUGAUGAUCAAAACACCUGAGGGAAUGAAAUUAAUUCCAGAAUUGUAUGCUGUGCCUCAUCACUUACACAUGUCCGAAUAUCAAUCACCCGGUUCGCAACCACGUGAUCCCGUCGGUCGUUGCCCCUUCCUCUGGGGCCAAUCUCUCUACAUCCUCGGAAAACUCGUGGACGAGGGAUUCUUGGCUGUCGGUGAACUUGAUCCACUUAAUCGUCGUCUUGGCGCGCAAAAGAAACCCGAUGUCGUGGUACAAGUCGUCAUCAUUGCCGACGACAAUGAAAUUCGUGAUAAACUCGCGGAACACGGCUUUCACGUGCAAACAAUUGCCGAAGUGGCACCCAUCGAGGUUCAACCAGCACGCGUUCUGUCACACUUGUAUACGUAUCUCGGACGUAACAAAAAACUCGGACUCUCAGGUCGUAAGUCACGCGAUGUCGGCAUCUUGAGUACCAGUAAACUGUACUCACUGAAAGACCGGAUUUUUGCAUUUACGCCGCAGAAUUUUGAUUAUGAGGAGUAUUAUACAACACGAGAUCCUGAUUUGUUAGCUUACAAUUUCACGGCUAUUGUAGCAUUUUUGAGUAUGAAUUGGCGACACUUGUUGGGACGACCAACAAUAACGCUCAUGGCCACACAUUCGUUAUUAGAUCAAGGUCGCGUUCCCCUUGCGAUGAUCCAAACGAUGAAAAAACUAAAAUCUGGCUACAUCAACGGCACUCGAGUCAUCCUUGGGAAUUUGGGUGACUUUUUAAACACUUCAGCAAUCACGGAUUUGAGCUUUUUAGGAAGUCAGGAGGAUGGAUAUCCGGAUAAACUUAACCCGGAAGUGCAAUCAUAUUUGGAUGAACAUUUGUUGCGAUCCUUCAGUACGCGUCACGUUCCCCUUGGCAGAGCAACGUACGGCAGGUCUCAGCGCUCCCUCAGACGUCGAAUGUCCGUGAAAGGCACCAUCAAGAAGAAAAUUUCAAUUAACGUGGAUUCCGAACAUUUAGGUAUGGAGGGAGAACGUCGCAUGUCAGUCAUUGAAAUUCCAGCGGAUUUCUUGCCCGAAGGUGCUGACAAGGUGAAGCCCGAUGUGCCGCCCGAGAAAAAUAUUUCGAUUGCCGACAACGAAAUACCUCGCAUUCAUGUCAACGUAACACGUCAUCGUCCAACGACCGACCAAAAUUUCGAGGAAAUUGAUGUGGAAGAGCUCAUCGCAAUGUUGCGCGAAACGGAAAACUUGGAGGAACAGGGUGAUAUUUUGUCAUAUUUGGUCGACAAUCACGGGUUGGACUUCAACACCGAAAUCGGAUCUGCUACGUCGCUCGAUGACCCGAAUGACGAUCCAAAUAAUCCAAAUAUUGAUAAUAAUCAAGGCAUGCUGGACGACGGUCAAGUAGUGACGGUGCGUACGUUGCUGAAGGCUUUGUACGAGAAAGCGUGUCAGCAAAAGAUGUGGGGUUUGGUGCGUCAUACCGCCGGAAUGCUCGGCAAGAAGGUCGAGGAUUUGGCAAAAGCCGUUACGGAUUUGCUUGUGCGUCAAAAGCAAGUUACUGUGGGUCAACCGCCAAAUGACGAGUACACAAUUACGGCACCGCUGCCAGAAACGGAACUGCGACACUGUAUCCACUCCGUGUACGGAAACGAUGAAAGUACGUCGAUGUUGACGCAGGAGUUGCUCGUGUAUUUGGCAAUGUUUAUCCGGACGGAGCCUCAGUUGUUCCACGAGAUGUUGCGACUUCGUGUCGGAUUGAUCAUUCAAGUUAUGGCGAAGGAGUUGUCGCGCACAAUUGGAUGUGAUGGUGCCGAAGCAUCACUUACGCUGUUGAAUUUAUCACCUUUUGAAAUGAAGAAUUUAUUACAUCACAUCAUGAGCGGUAAGGAGUUCGCUGUGAGCAGUGUUGCUCGUGGCAACUUCUCGAUUGUCAGUUGCAAGUCCGGGCGUGUCAGCAAAAAGAGUCAAAUUGGUUUGGGAGACGCGGAAGAUGAGAAAGUUGGGCCGCAAAUCGAUGACAAACAGGGACAAUGGCUACGUCGACGACGUUUGGAUGGCGCUUUAAAUCGUGUACCACGAGAUUUCUAUCCGAGAGUGUGGACUGUCUUAGAAAAGUGCCAAGGAUUAGCCAUAGAAGGUCGUGUACUUCCACAAAGCUUAACACAGGAAAUGACUUCGAACGAGUUAAAAUUCGCAUUGGAAGUCGAAACAGCCCUCAAUACGAUCCCGCAACCGGAAUAUCGUCAACUUGUCGUGGAAGCCUUGAUGGUGCUAACACUCGUCACGGAACACAACAUCACAAACAACCUGGGAGACAUCAUCUGUGUGGAGCAUUUGGUGCACAAGGCGAAUCAAUUGUUCCUGGAAGACCAGAAGAAAGUCAAUGGUGAUGCUACUUUGUGUUGCGCAAAGGAUACGCGAGAAACAACGGCACAAGGACACCUUUUGUGCAUGGGUGCUGCUUAUAUUUGCUCCCAUUUCUAUGAUAGCGCCCCAUCUGGCAGUUACGGAACGAUGACUUAUAUUGCGAAGGCUGUCGCUUGCGUGCUGGAUUGCAUGCCAAAAUCGAAGGAUAACGACUGUACAGUCAGCUAGAUUAAUCUCUUUUGUCUUUUCAAUCAUUUAUUUACCUUCUUCCUCCUUUUAUCAAUUGACAAUCGUCAUUCUCGCACCAAAUGUCGCCCGGUGUGACAUGAAAUGUUGCCCAGGACGUUUGGUACAACAAAGUUUUAUUUAGCUUAGUGAAAUACGUUCUGAUCUACGGAACGUUUUCAAGGUAGAACUUUGAACGAAAGGCAUUUUUUGUGUUAAAAUUACUUUCGCUCACUGUUCUA